CUUUCGCAUCGCACCUUUCGACACGCGCAGACCUGUUCCGCUCUGUUCAGCCAGCACACGCUAGCUGUCCUUUUCCCGUUUAUUUUUCACAAAUACUUUUACGACCUUUUCCACCAACUCACAAUGGCUGAAACCAAAGCGCCAAAGGACCCGUACGGUUUCUUAAAGGAUUUCAUGGCCGGUGGUAUCUCCGCUGCCGUGUCGAAGACCGCAGUCGCCCCGAUCGAGCGCGUCAAGCUCAUCCUGCAAGUGCAGGCAGCUUCCACGCAGAUCGCAGCCGACAAACAGUACAAAGGAAUUAUGGACUGUUUGGUGAGGAUUCCAAAAGAACAAGGUUUUGCCAGUUUCUGGAGGGGUAAUUUUGCCAAUGUCAUCAGAUACUUCCCAACACAAGCAUUAAACUUUGCUUUCAAGGAUGUCUACAAACAGGUGUUUAUGGAUGGUGUGGAUAAAAAGACCCAAUUCUGGAGGUAUUUUGCUGGUAACUUGGCAUCUGGUGGAGCUGCUGGAGCAACAUCUUUGUGCUUUGUAUACCCACUUGAUUAUGCUCGUACAAGAUUAGGAGCUGAUGUUGGUAAAGGACCAGCUGAAAGGCAGUUCAAAGGUCUUGGUGAUUGCUUAGCCAAGACUGUCAAGUCUGAUGGACCCAUCGGUUUGUACCGUGGUUUCAUUGUGUCCGUCCAGGGUAUCAUUAUCUACCGUGCUGCAUACUUUGGAUUCUUCGACACAGCUAAGGGAAUGUUGCCAGAUCCCAAGAAUACUCCAUUCUUAGUUUCAUGGGGUAUCGCCCAAUUUGUAACAACAUUCGCUGGUAUUAUGUCCUAUCCAUUUGACACAGUCAGACGUCGUAUGAUGAUGCAGUCUGGCCGUGCUGCUGACCAACGCAUGUAUAAGAGCACAUUGGACUGCUGGAGUAAACUUUACAAGAACGAAGGUACAUCUGCCUUCUUCAAGGGUGCAUUCUCCAACGUACUUAGAGGUACUGGUGGUGCCUUGGUGUUGGUCUUCUACGACGAACUCAAAAACCUCAUGUAAAUUUCAUUUUUUAAUGAAAUUGAACAAUAUUGUGCAGUUUAAAUGUAAUUCAAUGGACACUGUUGUAGCAUAAACAUUCCUAACAAGUGCAACAUUUAUUAUUCAUAACUGAGCUUCUCAUUCCAAUUUUUCAUGUAUUAUUCUGUAUCGUAUUUGUUUUAAUUUCAUCGGUUAUGAUCCAAAUUUUUUAGAAAACCUACUUAUGUAAACAAACUAUUUAGGUCUGUGUAAUGGUUUAUUUUUAAUAUUGUAUUAAUUUCAUAAUUAAUAAUAAACCAUAGUUUAAAAAGAAAAAUGAUGUGUUUUAUUUGUAUUUGUAUAAUCGUCUGUAGAGUAUUAAAAUAAAAUACUUAUAAACAUGGA